GGGGCUUCCCCUCCCUGCAGGCGCAGCUCUCAAUUGGCCGUCUGAAAGCGCAAGAUUUUCAGAACCGUGUUGUUAUUGAGAAGAAUUGGAGGAGAGAGGAGGAAAGUGAGAUGAGCACCAUGGCAGUUGCAUCCAGAGCGGCAAGAUCUUCCCUGAACCCAAAUGCCCCACUUUUCAUCCCUGCAGCAUUUCAACAGGUCGAGGACUUCUCCCCUGAGUGGUGGGAACUGGUGAAAACUACUACUUGGUUCCGCGAUCAUUGGUUUCGUCAGCACCAAGAACAAGAAACUUUUGAUGGUGAUGAGGAAGAAGAUGACAUCGCCAAUCUGCUUCCAGACUCAUUUGACCUUGGCAUUGCAGAAGAAUUCUCCCAUUUUGAGGCAGAGCUCGAGGAAACGGAAGCAGCCUUCCUACAAGCUUCUAAAGUAGAAAACGAGCUGGGUCGUGCCCUUCCGAAGAAGACUGUCAGGCCCAGUUUUGAGGACACCGAAGCAUUGAUCAGGAGCCUGAGCCUGAAAUCUCCGAAGAAUGGAGCUGUUAAGCCUGUUGUGGAUCAAUCCAGGUACAAGGAGAAGCCGGCACAAGCUAUAAGCCCCAAGUUCAGCGCUCGCCGCAUCAUCCAGCAACCCCGUUAGAAUUACUGCUUUUUGCAGGAUAAUGGAAGGCAGCGAUGAAGAAAAGUAGAAGCAAUCUAUCAGGGCCUAAAGGUUCUUCCUUUAAUGUGUAUUAGUGUAAUUUCCUUGUAUAGAAAAUGAAGUCAUGCUUUAUGUUGUGCUGCAAACUGCCCCUUUUACAAGGGUGCAAUGGGAAAAAAAAACGCUUAAAAAAAAAGAAAGCUGGUUGUAGUUAACUACUUGAAAUAGAUGUCUAGUCCUGCUUGCAAUUUAGUUUU